AUGGAAUCGAACGUCUUCACGUGCUUCACCCGUUCUGGGGAGGCAACUCUCAGUCCUAUCUCCGAUCCGUACCUUCCUUUCCUAGAGCCCUUCGCGGGCCUGGGGGUGCCGGAGACCCUCCCCCCAGAAAACGGGACGGGGCCAACUCCAACGGUGGACCUGCGACAGCCUGAAGUUCCGAAUCGUGGUCGCAAGGUCAGUCCACAGACGCAUUUUCUACAACAGUUUAUGGAGGACCUCUUGGAGCUUGAUACAGAUUUGAUCCGGCACACCUUGGAGGAUCCGGUGGUCUUCGAUACAACCGCGAUGCACACAACCUCCUUCGCAAAUCGUAGCCAUACUCCCCCCGCAGACUGCGCGAUUGACACGACGUUCGUGCUCACCCAACGACUGAUUCACCUGUUUCGUCGCGGGGGCAACUGGAUGGCCCAAACCAGUGCGGCCCAAAGCUCGCAAUGGCAAUCGCCGCGUGCCGCAUCAUCAUCAGCAUCCUCAUUCUCCUCACGGUUCCAGCACUUCAUGAACAGGGCAACGCCUCAGAGCACCCCCGCUGUUUCAGAGACCGGCUGUCAGCAGCCGGAGACAGGCCUUGACCAAGCGUCACUCCUACACGCUCUGUCGACUUACCUGCGCCUCAUCGAAACGUACCAUACCACAAUCUCACAGACAGCCGAAAAAUUCGGCACGGCUCUGGCCGAGGGAUCCCCGAUCCCGCUGCCCUCGUUGCAGAUCGGCGCCUUCGCCAUGGACGAUCCAGCAGGCCACAUUGUGUUGGUGAUCCAGUCGGCGUUACAACUGCUCGAUCGCCUGGGGGACCUCGUCAACAAACUCACGGCCCCCUUUCUUACCGAGGACAUAGGUGAGAUCGACGUCAGUCGGCCCACGAGUCCUCCCGGCAGCCAUAAUGCAGUCAAGAUGGUCAUGGUGGCCGUUCGCGAACGCGAAAGUCAAUUCAUGCAGGUGGCAGCACGGCUACAGAGUAUCUGUCGCGACGCACAAUGA